AUGAAUUCUAAAGUAUAUUUCCUUUUAUCUAUUUUAGCCUUUUUGGCUUUCUCUCAACUUACUUUAGUUUCUUGUAGAAAGGACAAAACCAACCAUGGUUUAGAUGGAUUCACUCUUGAUCUUAUCCACCGCGAUUCUCCUCUUUCUCCCUACUAUAACCCUUCCAUCACCCCUUCUCAACGCCUCCGAGAUGCAUUCCAAAGAUCUUUCUCCCGAGCAUCUUUCUUCACGAAAGCCUCCAUCCAUCCCACCACACUUGUCAAUCAUGCUAUUCAAUCUGACAUCAUUCCUGAUUUCGCAGAUUAUUUAAUGAAAAUUGCCAUUGGUACUCCCCCAAGGAAAACCUAUGCCAUUCUUGACACUGGGAGUGAAUUGACUUGGAUACAAUGCAAGCCGUGUACUCAAUGUUAUAAGCAAAUAUUACCCAUUUUCGAUCCUCGAAAAAGCUCAACGUAUAAAAUAAUUGGUUGUCAAAGUAAGGAAUGUAAGCUAGUAAGAGAGCCAACUUGUGUAAAAACAAAUGCUUGUGAAUAUCAAGUGCAGUACGGUGAUGGUUCUUAUAGUACUGGAGAUGUUGCUUCUGAUACAUUCACAUUUGCAUCAACAUCUAAAAAGGUCGAUGAUAUUUCAAUUCAACAUGUUAUUUUUGGUUGUGGACAUAAUAAUGGUGGCAAUUUUGGCAAUCAUACUGCUGGGAUUGUGGGAUUAGGAGAUUCAAAAAUUUCUAUUAUUAAUCAACUUGAUAAACAAAUUAAAGGGAAAUUCUCCUAUUGUUUAGUCCCAAAUGGUGAUUUAUCACUAUCUUAUCAUCCUCCCAAUACUACAAGUAAAAUUAAUUUUGGUCCUAAGGCAGUUGUAUCGGGGCCUAACGUUCUUACAACUCCUAUAAUUCGGAAGAAGCCUGAUGUAUUCGGAUACGAUAUAUUCUACUUUUUAAACCUCGAAAGUGUUAGCGUUGGAGGUAAGAAGCUAGAGUUUAAGUCUUCACAACUCAUGAAUUCUUCUGAUGUUGAUGAAGAUUUGGGAAAUAUUAUAAUUGAUUCUGGGACGACAUUGACAUUUCUCCCUGAGAAUUUUUACAACAAAUUCGAAUCAAUUUUGGUGGAAACGAUUAAAGGAAAGAGGAAAAUAGCUCCCCCGUAUGUCGACCUUCCCAUAUGUUAUGAGACGAAAAGCAUUGUCGAAUUUCCUAAGAUUGUGUUCCAUUUCACGGAUGCUGAUAUCGAGUUGUUACCUAUGAAUGCAUUUUCAAAAGUUGCUGAAGAUGUGACUUGUUUGACAAUUGUUGAGGGGGGUCAGUAUGGUGUUUAUGGAAACUUGGCACAGAUGAAUUUCCUUAUUGGAUAUGAUCUUGUAAAUCGAAAACUCUCUUUCUUACCUUCUGAUUGUACCAAACACUGA